AUGUUACAGUACAUACUUCAGGGAGCAGACCAACCUCCAUCUUUCCCAGAGACUGCCAUCGAAAGUCCCCAAAGCUCAGGUUUUAAUUCCUUGCCCUCUCAGAAUCAUUUGCUAUGUGGGCCAUGCUCAGGUAUCACUCCUGCUUUCUUCAGAACACCUAAUGCCCAGAUCAAAUUGUACGAUAGCAAGUCGGAAUUAAGGGCUUCAGCCGCCAAUGGAUGCCCUCUUUGCGCCAUCCUCCUUGGGCGUUUGGAAUCAUACUUUGGAUGGUAUGUCGAAGAAGAAAAGACUAUCGAGUAUGUGGAUGAUGCCGCUGGGGCAGUAAGUGUGAUGUGGCGCCCUGAGCGUGGAAUCAAGGUUGAGGAAUCGGACUCUGCAGCCAACUCAGAGCAAUUGACAAAGCCUCUUGCGGCUGAUGAGUUGGGACUGUAUGUGUUCAGUGGAUCGGAUCAUUUCACAAUGCCGUGGAAAGCACUCGUUGUGAGCGGUCUUCCGUAUUGCGAUUAUAUACCUACUGAGAUUAAUGGCCAACAGGAGCCCAAAACGUUGUUGGCGGAUCAGCUGGAGCGGAGGAUACGUGAUUCAGAUACACGGUAUAUGACUCUAAGUCACUGUUGUGGCCAGAGUCCUGAAACAGUAUUCAAAACGACAUCACAUAAUAUUCAAGAACGGCUACGAGAAUUCGAAUUCACCCAAUUACCGCCCACAUUCCGAGAUGCAAUAGUACUAACCACGAAGCUUGGUGUGCGUUACCUAUGGAUCGAUUCGUUGUGUAUCAUUCAAGAUUCUAAGGAAGACUGGAAUCACGAAGCUUCGAUGAUGGGGGAGAUUUACAGCAACUCAUAUUGUACAUUAGCUGCGACAUCAUCUGUAGACAGUAACGGCGGGCUUCUUUGCUCUAGAGACCCAAAAACAUCCUCAUCAUGUAUUCUGGUGUAUCCAUCUGAGACAGGCACAUCUGAGGGGAUCAUCAUUCACCCGGCUUUACCUAUCAGUACAUUUGAAGAAUCUGCCUUGAAGCAAGAGCCUUUGUUGAAAAGAGCCUGGACUCUGCAAGAACGCGAUCUCUCACCUCGCACUCUACAUUUUUUGAGCAAUCAAAUCUUGUGGGAGUGUCGAAAUCAGAAGGCAAUGGAAUCUGAUCCUCAAAAGGCCUUCUCAAAGUCGCUAUUGGCUCCAUUGAAUGGCGCUUCUCACUUUGUUGACGCGGUGAAUGGCGGGGCUUCUAAUCACAUGAUCCACUGGUACGCGAUGGUGAAGGAUUAUUCUGACCGGCGUCUGACCUUCAAGGAGGAUAAACUGCCAGCAAUAGCCGGUAUGGCAAAGAAGAUGCAAGAGCUCACUGGCGACGGCUAUGUUGCUGGUCUCUGGAAAAGGGACAUCCUCCGCGGCCUUUGUUGGCAGACUCAAUCAAAGACUUAUUAUAAUUCUCGGGAAGACGGCCACUAUAUCGCACCAUCGUGGUCAUGGGCUUCAGUUGACUGUGGGAUCCAGUGGCCAUAUGAAGUUCUCGAGUAUCAGCAAGUAAGUGAGCAAGAGAAGACAAUGGUCCUAGACGUCGAGGUCGAGACAGCCACUCCAGAUCCGACUGGCCGGAUAUCAAGUGGCAGGAUCCAACUUGGAGGCUCUGCACGCGUAGUCCAAAAACACGACGAUCCGAAUGGAUACAUUGGUCAUCCAGCCUACUACCGCGAGAGUAUGCGAACCUACAGCAUCAUCGAGGAUCCUGAAUUCAUGUGGAAGCCAAUCGGCACGAUGCUUAUGGACCAUAAUUCCGCGAUUGAAGAUUACGAGCCUGUCAUCUUAUUGAAGAUUCUACAAGAGAAGGCACGUGGCAACCAACAACAAGGAGACAUCAUUGCUCUAGUAUUGAUCAUCAACCGAAAACCCGAGAAAAAGAAUGAGGGUCAGCAUGGGCAAAGUCCUACUGCCAAGGCAGAAGCAAAGGAGUCCCACGGCUUUCGAAAGCACGUGACAAAUUCGUUGAAGACAUUUGCAAGUACGGUCACCAAACGCAAGCCGCCUACAAAUAAAACGGAAGACCUCAUGGUCAAAAGAGUUGGGAUAGCGCGAGUCACUGGCGAGAGCGGCAAAUGGCUUUCAGGUCCCUUCAUCAAAAUGAUCAUUGAAUGA